UCGGGACCACAGAGUCACAAAUCGAGAGAUCAGGUGUGGACAUAUCCUACUGGACUUCUUGGAUUCUAUUUGGACAACUAGGGCCAAAUUUCUCUUUUCCGCUUGGACCUAAACAAAAGAUUCUGACAUAAUCUUUUGUUUAGGACAAGAUCUAUAAACUCUGUUCUGUUGAAUUGGAUUUAGACCAUUUUCUCUGGGCUGAUCUGUAGUCAGAAUCUAUUAUGAAGCAAGGUCUGGUUCUUCUGGAUUUGUAAACAUCUACCUUUUACAGUUGGAAUGAGAUCUUGGACUCAGCUCUAGCCUUUUGCCAAGAUUGUUUUGAGGGCAACGAUACUCGUCUUUCAUCUAAUCGGAUUCCGUUGACCGUUCAGAAAAAUACACGCUUCUUGGACAGUCUUGGACAUUUGAAUCCUGUUUUGAAUGCUGAAACUAGUCGCCGAGUCCCGGAGAAGGGGAGGGGCAGGGGCUGGUGCGUGUGAGAUGAUCCCCUUGCGCCCCAGCCUGUCUGUCCCUCUGCGGGUGCUGAUCUAUGGGACGUGUGCCCUUGCCCUGGUCCACACCGUAGCUCUGCUGGUGCUCCUGUUGCAACAGAACCAGCUGUGGAGCCGCGUGGAGCUCAUCGAGGCCAGGUUGGAAGGGGUGGAACAGAGCUCUGUGGUGGAGUUCCUCCAGGAGGUGCCCCGAGGUGUCCCAAGAGGUCCAGGGAGGCUGGCGGAGUUAAGAGGAGGCCCGGGAAGGCCAGUUGAACUACAAGAACAAGAAGGAGCAGAAGGAGGUGUAGGUAGUUCAAUAAAGGAGCUGAGGGAGCAGGGGCAGCUCCAGUAUUUGCGUAACAAGAGGAGUCAGGAGCUAGAGAGAGAGCUACGACAGGAAUUGAAGGAGGAGCAGAGGCUGGAGCCGAACCACCAGGAGACCCAGAAAAGCCGUGAGCUCCUGCAGGAGGUGACCGUGGGAUUAGACCAGUGGCAAGAGAUGGGGCAAGAAGAGCUGGAGGUGGAAGAAGAGCUUCAACCUGGGUUAAAGGAAGAAACGGACAAGGAGAUGGGGAAGAAGAUAAGGCACGAGCUGAACCACAAACAUAGGAAGACAAAGAGUUUUCAGAAAAUGGAGCUGCAGGACGACAUGAUGAUGAUGAUGACCUAUUCUAUGGUGCCGGUCAAAGUGUUGUUGGACAUCUGUAACAGCACCAAGGGAGUCUGCAUAACUGGACCACCGGGCCCACCUGGACCCCCUGGACUGCCUGGAGUGCAUGGACUGCCUGGGCACAAUGGCACUGCUGGCAUCCCAGGUUCUGAUGGAGAGCCUGGGGCUGAAGGGAAACGAGGGAAGAGAGGAGAGAAAGGAGAACCAGGAGAGAAAGGUGAACCAGGAGAGAAAGGAGAACCAGGAGAGAAAGGAGAACCAGGGGAGAAGGGAGAGAGAGGAGACCCAGGACCCGCAGGAGAAAUGACAAAUUCGUCCAAUGAAGUCAUGUUGGAGGGCCCCCCAGGUCCUGCUGGUCCUCCUGGUGCUCCAGGACCCAUUGGGCCUCCCGGUCCCCCUGGUGCCCCUGGACCUGAGCGGCCCCACAGGAACAAGAGACAGCGGGCCCAUCUCCCGAUCCAUGCUGGCCAGACACUGGAACUGUCUCAUGCUGUACCAAAUGAUGGGACCCUGUCCGCCAAAGAGGUGGGGAGGUUGCGAGAGACGCCAUUGAAAAAGAAAAAUGAGUGCAUCAUCAAAUCGUUAAUCAACCCCCGUAACAUAUCUAAGAUGGAGACUACAUUUGGAACGUGGAUGAAAGACACAGCUGUGCUAAACGAUGAGCGCAUCUGGGUGGCUGAGCAUUUCUCUGGUCGCACAGUGAAGGAGUAUAAAAGCAUUGCUUCGUUCCAGAAUGCCACCAGUGAGGUCAUAGAUGCCAGGAAGUUCUUCCAGGGGUGUGGCCAUGCUGUUCAUAACGGAUCCUUCUACUACCACAUCGCUGGAACUGCUAACCUGGCCAGGUUUGAUCUGCAGUCCAAGCGUCUCCACACCCUGGCCAUCGACAAUGCUCUGUACCACAAUCUGUCCUACCUGCUCCACAACUCCAAGACCUACUUCAAGCUAGCGGCAGAUGAGAACGGCCUGUGGCUCAUCUUCGCCUCCAGCCUGGAUGAAAGCAUCGUGGUGGCCCAGCUGGACCUGAAGAGCUUUUCAGUCACGUCGUACAUCAACACCACUUACCCAAGGACCAAGGCUGGCAAUGCCUUCGUGGCCUGCGGCGUGCUCUACAUCACUGACACCAAGGACACCCGCGUGACAUUCGCUUUUGACCUUCUGAAGGGCAAACCUGUCAAUGUGACGUUCGAUCUGAGGUCAUCUGGUGGAGUGCUCGCCAUGCUGUCAUACAGCCCCAAAGACAGACACCUGUACCUGUGGGAUCAGAGCUACGUGAAGCUUUAUGUGGUGCACUUCAUCUCUGACGACUGAGGCUAUACAUCAAAGGGCUCAAAGACAGCCAGCAACAACCUGUACCUGUGUUUGUAUAUUUUACUUCUAGUACGUAAAGCUUAUUUUUGUUUUUAUUUCAUCUCAUCAGUCACACCAAGGACUAUUUCUAAUGGCUUUUUGUGACUACUGGCUGGGAAUAUAUAAAACGUUUCGCAAUGGCUGGUUGUUUUCAUUCGUAUAAAAUGGUUUACAACUUCCAAACACAUGUACCUUUUUCAAAGUGUAGUUGAAUUGAUAAGAUAUUAUCUAUGGCUAUUAGAGUUCAUACAUUUAAAUAAUUGUUAUUAAUAUCCUAUAUUGUUUUGUGGAUAUGGUUAAACAGAAAAAUAACUGCUGUACUACAUUUCCCCCUAUAUUAGAUUUUUUCGGUGUCGUUGUGAAACAUCUUUUUGUAAGGAUUCUUACUAAUUGUUUGACGAAAGCUUUUUGUUUUAUAUAUACAUUUUGUUUUUUAUAAAUAUCAUAUUUAUUUGAAAGCAGAAACUAUUGUUAGGUCUGCCCUGAAAUCCUGGCUUGUUGUGGACUGAAAAGUAUUUAUUGUUGUAUAGCUCUUCCUUUAAUGUCUCUGUGACUGCAUGACAAAACAGACCAGAAAUGCUUUUCCAUAUCUACUCACAUGCUACCAUCAUGACGGCAUCCAGUACAGAUAGUAAAAUGUUUAAAAAAUACUUGGAAAUUGGAAAUCUGUUAAUUUUUUAUUGCCGCCCAUUAUAUUUGCAUAUGCAUGGCCUGUACUGCCUCCACGUAUCAAGAAAAUAAACAGGCAUAAAAUCA